AUGGAUACUAAUAUUGAAACUGAUGAGUCGUUGGAUUUUAUAAUGAAAAGAAGUUUGUUAGCUAAAAAUAAAUUGGCCUUUAUUCUGCCUGAUCCUGAUGGCUUAGUUAGAUUCUGUUGUGUUGAAUGCACAGCAAAAUAUGACAGUAAGGAAGAACUAGAGAAACAUCUACUGAUUCAUAAUAAGGAAUACAGGUUCUUGUGUGGGAUCUGUGGGACAGGGUUAAAGCGCAAAGAACACCUUGAUAGACAUACGUUAGAGCACCAGGAGGUUCGGCCUUAUGUCUGUCAGCACUGUGGCAAAGGUUUCAAGAGAAAAGAGCAUCUAAAUAUACAUAAGUCUAUUCACAGUGGUGAUAAGAGUGAAUCUUGUCCAGUUUGUAACAAAUCGUUUUAUCGCAGAGAUCACCUACGGAAACAUCUACAGACACACUCUAAAGCCUUCCUUGAACGGAAAUCAUUCAAUGACAAGGGGUAUUUAGAGGUCAAAGAGGAACCCGAGGAAGGGAUGGAAGAGGAUAUUCAUGAAGAAAUACUUAAUGAGGCAAUAGCCGUUGAAGACAGUCCGCUGGUACCGAACAGCGCUCGGCCUUUCCAAUGCGUCAUCUGUGGGAAGUCUUACAAACGGAAAGACCAUCUCAAAAUACACAGUUGGACACAUAAAAAGAAGGAACAUGCCUGCUCCGAAUGUGGUAAAGCGUUCCAUCGGGAGGACCAGCUCCUGUCUCAUAUGAACAUCCACCUACAGGCAUACUCGAUGGCAAACGGUGACGAAGAUUAUAUACUUGGGGAUCAACAGUAUGACCACUCCAAUGCUGAAACUUUUGCAACUGACAAUGGGCUCCUUGUCGCUCGAGUGCCCAUCAUUGAAACCCCUCAAGUCGACCGCUACAAGAACGAGUCCCGUCCUCACGAAUGCGACAUCUGCCACCGUCGGUUCAAACGGCGCCAGCAUCUCAAGGUGCAUAUGAAUGUGCACGCUAAAGACCAGCCCACUAUAUGGUGCUCUAUGUGCGGAGAAGGUUUCGUUCUUAAUCAAGACUUCGAGAACCACGAAUGCAUGGGCAUAAUGAAAGAGGAAAACAGUAGCGAGCAGUUCAGUGAGGAUCAAUCGGAAGAGAUGCAGACCACGUCUCAGGAAACAACACAAGAUGCGAAGAAAGAAAAUAAAUAUCCACAAGAAUUUGUUGACGUGUCGGUGUUGGCGACUAUAGACGACCCAGGUUACAACCAGUACCUGGAAGAGAAGGAGAUUCCCAUGCCGCAGCGAGUGUACGUAUGCAAGUUCUGCAGCAAGCCGUUUAAACGGAAGGACCACUACAAGAUUCAUCUACACAUACAUACUGGUGUCAAAUCGUUCUUCUGCCCUGACUGUGGGAAAGGUUUCUACCGCAAGGAUCACUUACAGAAACACGUUCUCGUUCACAUGAAGAUACGUCAACCUCCAAAGAAAGAGAUUCCUGAUCUGUUUCCCAUCCAGAUGGUAACCAAAAAGAAGGAGGUUAAACCGGAAAUUACUAUACAUGCCCCCUCGAACACAAAGCUACGUGUGCCUUUACAAAUCAAAGUCCCAUACCAGGUUGUAAUGUCGAUGGAUAAUGGAGAACAGCGGGCUGUCACCAUUGACCCCCAAGCCAGUCAAGAAACUGUCUCAUAA